AUGGGGCUUCCGGUCAACUACACAACCAAUGAGCCCAUGAGCCGAUUCAUUGCAUGGUUAAGUAAUGUAAACGGUGGCGGCGUGUAUCAAGCAUGGAUUAGGUAUGAUUCAGUUUCGAGAAAUCUUAAUGUUUCCUUCACUGGUUAUCAAAAUAAUACAGUCGUGCGUCAAGAUUGGCUUGUUUACACGGUUGAUCUCAGGAACGAGUUGCUCGAAUGGGUUAUCUUCGGAUUUUCUGCAGCCACUGGAUUUCGGUUCCAAAAACAAAACGUGAGAUUUUGGACCUUCGAUGGCUCAGAUUCACAAGCUGAUGAAAACAACGAAAUGAAGCCUAACCCGAGUCCUGAUCCAUUGAAUGGGAAAACGAGGAAGUUGGGAUUAGUAGUUGGAUUAUCGGUUCUGAUUACCUUGUUAGUUGUGCUUGCAUUUGUUUGGUGGAGGUGGAAGAAGGGCAGAGAAAAUGUACCUAAAGAUAUUGCAUUUGAUGAAGAGAUAAACUAUGAAUUCGAAAUGGGUACCCGGGCUAAAAGAUUCUCUUACCAUGAAUUAGCUCUGUCAACUAACCACUUCACAGAGAAAGAGAAGCUGGGAGAGGGAGGUUUCGGUGGUGUUUAUCGAGGUUUGUUAAAAGAUUCAAGCACAUAUGUUGCAGUGAAAAGGGUGUCUAAGAGUUCCAAACAAGGGAUAAAGGAAUAUACAUUGGAAGUCAAGAUCAUUAGCCGAUUGAGACACAAAAACCUUGUGCAACUCACCGGUUGGUGCCACGAGAAACAAGAACUCCUUCUUGUUUACGAGUAUAUGGAAAAUGGAAGCUUAGCUUCACAUCUUUUCGAGGCGAAGAGUUUAUUGACAUGGGGCACAAGGUUCAAAAUUUCCCAAGGCCUUGCUUCUGCUUUAUUGUAUCUACAUGAAGAAUGGGAGCAAUGUGUUUUGCACAGAGAUAUAAAAUCUAGUAAUGUGAUGUUGGAUUCGAAUUUCAAUGCGAAACUUGGUGAUUUCGGGUUAGCUAAGUUGGUUGACCAUGAGAAAGGCUCGCAAACAACGAUGUUAGCCGGAACCAUGGGGUACAUGGCUCCUGAAUGUGUAGUCACUGGAAGGGCAAACAAGGAAUCUGAUGUGUAUGGCUUUGGAGUUCUUGCCUUGGAAAUAGCAUGUGGACGAAAAUGUAUAGAGUUGAAAGCUGAAGAAAAUAAACAACGACUACUAGAAUGGGUCUGGGAGCUCUACGGAAAGUAG